UUUCCCCAAUUAAAAGAUGAAAAACCUUGAAACAUGAGAGAAGUUGAAUGGGGAGGAGACAGAGGAGAGGAGAAGAAGAGGAGGAAAAGCAACUAGAAUAGAACAACACCCAAAUUUUCUAAAACACUCUCAACAAAUUCAUAUUCUUCUUUUUCUCUCAAAACUAUCUUCGAUUCUGUAACCGGUUUCGUUGGCCGGCGAUUACCAAUUUACCAUUGACUCCCGGAAUUUUCUGUUAUUACCAGAAGCUUUGAGGUCCUUGCGGUAGAAGACUCGGUAUGGUCGUGUUUUGAGUUAGAGUGGAAUUGAUUGCCAUGGACGAAUUGCUUUUUAAAGCAAAAUGGGAACUCAAACUACGUAGAAAUGUUUAAGUCAACAAAGUACUGAGAAAGUAGACUUAGAACGCUGAGGAAGCAGGUGAGAGAAAUGGAGUGUAAUAAGGAUGAGGCCACCAGAGCUAAAGUAAUUGCUGAGAGGAAGUUUACUGCAAAGGAUACUUUGGGUGCAAAGAAGUUUGCUUUGAAGGCCCAAAAUUUAUUUCCUGCUCUUGAUGGUAUUCCUCAAUUGGUAGCAACACUUGACGUGUAUAUUUCUGCUGAGAAUAAAAUAAAUGGAGAAGCAGAUUGGUAUGGCAUACUUGGUGUAGACCCCCUUGCCGAUGAUGAUACAGUCAGGAAACAAUACAGGAAGCUAGCUCUCAUGCUUCACCCUGACAAGAACAAGUCCAUUGGAGCUGACGGUGCCUUUAAACUUAUUUCAGAGGCAUGGAGUUUACUAUCUGAUAAGGCUAAAAGGGAAGCUUAUGAUGAGAAGAGAAAUGGUAAAGCACAGAAAGGUCCAACUAAGUUUGGUGGUUCAUCAGCAAAAACAGGGGCUAAUGGCAGUCACAGCUUUACCAAGACUACCACUUCAAGUGCUACGACUCAGAAGAAUACUGCUAAAGAGCACACUUCAUCUUCUACCCAUAAGUCAAAAUCAAAUACAUUUUGGACUGUUUGCCGUCGAUGCAAAAUGCAGUAUGAGUAUCUCAGAGUUUAUCUUAACCUUAAACUCUUAUGUCCCAACUGCCAUAAUGCAUUUUUGGCUGUAGAAACUGCUCCUCCACCUGCAAGUGGUAUUAGACCUGGAUAUUCGUGGACACAGAAUCAGAAAAAUUUCAAUCACCAAUUUCCUAAUAAAAGCAAAUCUAAUGCUGGAAAGAACAACAUGGCAGCCCCAAAUGUUGGAGGAGGGUCCUAUAGUAAAACUGAUUCCUAUAACAAAACCAGUUUCCAAUGGGCUCCAUUCUCAAAAACUUCUGGUGUUUCCAAUGUGGCUCAGGCUGCAAGUGUGGUUCAGCAGGCAUAUGAUAAGGUGAAGCGAGAUCGUGAGGAGGCACAAGCAGCUACCAAAAGGGAAGAGGCCCUAAAAAGGAAACAGCAUGUUUCCAAAAGAGGUCACUUUAAUCCUGCUAAGAGAAGAAAGGGGGGAAUGGAGGAUGCAAGUAUGAGUAACCAUGGUAAGGAACCUGUAAAUCGAAUGGGAGUGGGAAACGGAGCAGCAGGAGCAUCUAACUCGGGCAGAUCUAAACAGGGUAAUUUUGAAUAUAGUAGGGUUAGUGGAAUCAAUAAGACCAGUGGCGCAAGAGAUGUCUCCACAAUUGAACUUCAGAAUCUUCUUAUGGAGAAAGCUAGAAAAGAAAUUACCAAGAGACUUGGGGAAAUUCAGUCAAAUACUGCUGAUAAAACAUUGGUGUUAGACAGUGGAAAUGGCUUCCAGAAAGAAAAUGAGAAUGGAGAAAAAUCUUUAAGAGACUGUGAGACACGUGCUCAAAAUAACAUUGGGAAAUCAGAAUACAAAAAUAGCGGAUCCCAAGCCAUCAAGUCAUUUGCAGGUACUACUAUUGCUAAAACAAGUACCAAAUUUUUUGAAACUAUGCAAAUAGAUGUCCCUGAUCCUGAUUUCCAUGAUUUUUACAAGGAUCGAACUGAAAGAUCUUUUCGUGAAAAUCAAGUAUGGGCUGUGUAUGAUGAUGAUGAUGGGAUGCCUCGAUGUUAUGCAAUUAUCCGCAGCAUGAAUUCUCUGAAUCCAUUCAAGAUGCGAAUCAGUUGGCUCAUCCCAAAUACCAACAGCGAACUGGGCCCCCUAAAUUGGGUCGCUUCAGGCUUUUCAAAAACUUGUGGGGAUUUCAGAAUAGGCAGACAUGGAAUCUGUAACUCCAUCAAUUUAUUUUCUCACAAGGUUAGAUGGAGAAAAGGUAAUGAUGGAGCCGUUCAAAUAUAUCCUAUGAAAGGGGAUGUUUGGGCCAUCUACCAGAACUGGUCUCCUGACUGGAAUGAGCUGACAGCAGAUGAGGUUAUACACAAGUUUGAUAUGGUUGAAGUGCUUGAGGAUUUUACUGAAGAGCACGGUGUAACUGUUAUUCCUCUGGUCAAAGUGGCUGGGUUCAAAACUGUAUUUCACCACCACUUAGAUCCAAGAGAAAUCAGGAUCAUUCCAAGGGAAGAGAUAUUUAAGUUCUCUCAUCGGGUCCCUUCAUACUCACUCACUGGUGGAGAAGCUCCAAAUGCCCCAAAGGGUUGCAGGGUGCUGGACCCAGCUGCUACUCCAUUGGAACUGCUUCAGGUGAUAGAAGUUGUGAAGGAGGAAGACAUGGUGGACAAUGAGGAUAAUGUUAUUAAAGAAACAAGUGAUAAUAUGAAAGAAGCUAAUUGUGAGGAAAAUAUCAUUGAUGUGGACAAACUUAGGGAGGAAAAGGAGGGAAAUAAUAAAGAUAUCAAGGUAAUAGAAAUUUAGAAAGAGGACAAAGAAAAGAAGAAAUGCUGAAGCUUAUAGCAGCGAGGGUGUGUGAAAUCAACUUCAGGACUAUCCUGCCCUUGUUAGAAAUGGAAAACACUAGAUAUCCAGAAUUAAUUUGACAAAAUCAGCCAAAAUGAGUUGACAUUGUGAUUAAUUUUUGGAUGGCUGAGUAUUUCCUAUCACUUUGUCUUAUGGGACAAUCAAAGUUGAAUAUUGGAGAAUUUUGUCAAAUUUUUUCUAGCUAUGUACUGUUAAUCUUUAUUGUGGGAAGGUUUCAUUCCUGUUAUAACAUUGCAAUUAUUGUCUGCAAAGGUUGAAGUUAAAUGGUUCAGCUCCAGGUCAUACCAAACAAAGCUAAGUAUUGGAAUGAUGAGGCUAGGCCUUACGCAAAUUGUUCACCUUCUCCAUUGUUGAAUGUCUGUCUAGGGGAGGCUUGAGUAUAAGGGUCUGGCUCCAAGCUCUUUCCUUUUACUUUUUAGGUUCUUACUCAAUUUUGUUUUGUAAAUCACAUUUAGUGGCAUGUUCAACAAUUUAUGUCCAUAUAAUGAUUAAUAAUAGUACCUUAAAAAUUUA